AUGGGCAACCGUUUGCGAGGAAGAUACACCAUUCCUCGUUAUGCUCAGGCUGUCGAACCGUCCCACACUUGCGCGGCGCAUAGGCUUCAAGCUAUAACGCAAUCUCACUCGUCUCACUCCCAUACCAGUCUCCGGCUAUCUCGGUCAUUACUCGGAGCCCGGUUCCUUCCCGUAGGCCUGAGCGAAAAAGUUUUUUUUGCUGCCAAAAACACACACCGCUCAAACACAGCCCACGUCUGGAACGGCUGCGGAAAGAUAACGAGUGUUCUGGCCCCUGGGACGAGUGGUGGAGGGGAAGACAUUGUCAUGGGCAACUUGUGGCCCGUGUCGAGCGCGAGGGCCGAAGGACAGAGUUCUCUGGAGACAUUUUUCCGCGCUCCGCAACUCACACGCGACUUGGAGAGGAAAGAAGGCGACAAGCGGCGCACCGCCCCGCUCCUCUUCCAUCUUGGCCACGCCGUUUCCCUCCUCUGUGAGCUCGAAAUCAAGCAUUCACCGCCUGACUAUGGCUGUUCAUCCUACGACCUCUAUAUCCUGGUUCUGCGGUCGGUCGGGCUCUAUCGCCGGUGUCACGUGUCCCCCGGCGCCGGAUCGGGCAAAACGGCAUUCUCUCUUAACGACCACGCCGCCUCAAUAAAGCCGCCUGUCGCUUGCUCCCGCGCCAGCGCGAGAUUGUCGAACCCCCAGCAGCGACUCCCGACAUCUUCACUUGUCACUAGUGCUAUGGCAGCGUCCGCAAUGGCCAAGAUCGGCGGAGGGAGAGAAUGGACAUAG